AGGGUAACUGAAAAAAUGGUGUGUAUAUUUACUUGUAGUCGUAUACUCUGUUUCUGGAUCAUUUGUUCGGUGCAAGUAGCAAACUGCCAAACUCAUUCGAUGGCCGACAAGCAAAAUCCUGAGGUUAAGCCCACUCAAAACCUCACUCCUCCGACGGACCCACCCAAAAUUCCGACAGGGUGCUCCGGUGGAACCCACUAUCCGAACCCACCUGAAACGGUGAACCCGGAUGCUGCAACGCUGAGAGAUCAAUGGCGAUUCGCUAUUAGGCAGUACAGUAAGUGGUACUCUCACGCUUGGGGCACCGCUAUACUCGCGGGUUUGUCAUUUUUCGCUCUCGGUUGGAUCAUCAAAGGCUCCAAUCCAAUUCCCACCUCCAAACCAAAUAAACCGAAUACCAAUCAUGGCGAAGGCUCUUCUUCUUCUAGCAGUGGUGAUAAAGAUGCUGAUGAGGUUCAUCAAGCUCCAUGAUUGUGGAUUCGUUUCUGUGCAGGGGCUUUACGAUCCUGUAUUUACGACUGAUCUCAUACUCUACGAGCUGUAACCUUUUAAGAGACGAUUCCUUCUCUAAAUCUACACUUCUUUUGGUGGCCUUUCAAGUUUUGAGCACAAGUGGAUCAAAGCAGAUGAAGAAGUUAAAAUUAGAACUCAACGAGUUUUGUAUGUUCCCUGUGUUUUAGUUGCAAUAAUCGACGGGUAUAGUCUGGAAGGAUGCGUUGAAGGUUUUUUUUGCGUGCUUAUUAUGUUUAGGGCUGAAUGGCAGCAGAUAUGAUGUUAAUUCCUCUUGAAUGGUUACUGUGCCAUUGUACAUUCUGUCACUUUUUAUAAGAUAGCGUUCAAUCUUUCUUACCAAACA